GCCUGGGUUGCAAAGAUGGUGUCGUUUGGGGCAAGACAAUGUCAUUGAGUUGCAAGUGAGUGGAACAGAAUGGGUUCGUCGAAAACUUGCAGCACAAGGUUUGAUUCCAUGCAAACAACAUGAACAUUUGGUGACUGAAUGGAGUGAGAAAGCGGCUGAUGUGAAGUUUUCGGGUUUGCAACCUUUGUCACAUGUUUUUCAACCUGCCCCUGCGGUUCAAGUCAGUAUGAAGCAGGGCAAACAGCCUGUUGUGUUCGUGAUGCAAAGACCUCCUUUGGACGGAGGCAAAGCGUUGACAGCCGCUCGUGCGCUGACCAGAUGGCGCAGAAUGGUGGCACGAAAGUUCGAAAGGGCCGUUUGGCAUGCUUUUGGACAGCUCUUGUGGCUUGUGCAGCGGCCUUACCUGAGGUUCCUGCCGUAUCCGUACCAAUCAACAAGCUCUCCAAUUGUUUGGGCGGAACAAGCGGACUCAAUGGUGAAGUCAGGAGCUUAUGCAAGAAGGCACUUCCGCAGAGCCAAGAUCAACAAAGCCUUCACUCAGGUGAAUAUGCACGAGUGCAUGCAGCUGCGCAACCGCAUGGGCAUAGAGCAUUGCUUUGUGGAAGACCCCAUGCUGACUGGAAUGAUGGCAGCCCGAUCCAACAGGGGCCUCAACCUGAGACUUCGAGCUGGAGUGAUUGCAGAAGCCAAAGCCGAAGCCAAACACCUCAAAGACGAGAAGGCCAAGGUGGAAGCAGUCAGGUCGUUGAUUGGACCGAGAGGUGGAUUGCCAACUCUUCGCGACGAUUUGUUGCGCCUUGCAACUCUGCUGCAUGUGGAGAUCGCAGAUCGCGACACGACCGAGGUGCUCAAGACCAAGAUUCGUCCAGUGGUGGAAAGUUUGAAGGGUCCUCUGGCCGAAGUGAAGUCAAGCGGAUCUUCAACCGAGCACUUCGAGGUUGGCACUCCCACUGCGGCCGCAAAGGCCAAAUCAGCUCCGAAGCCUCAGCCAAUGGAAUUGCCAAGUCCAGUGCAGCCAGAAGCUAAAAUGUCGAACGAAGAGCUUCGAGCACUUUUGAAAGAGCAAGAGACCAAGUACACCACCAUGAUCAACCAGAUGUACCAGCACAUCAUGAUGGUGCAAAGCAAUGCUGCUUCAAUGAUGCCUCCCCUGACUAUGGGAGAUCUUCCGGAUGCACAGAUGGCUCCUCAAGGUUGGACAGACGAAGAGAUCCAACAGAUGAAUGCCGAAUGUCAGCUGGAGAUGGAUCGCCAAAGAUUCGAAGCUCAACACGGAGAAUUUUCCUCAAUGAGCGAUGCCCUCAGAGACGGCACCUUGAGCCUCUCCGAAGUGAGUUCCUCUAUGACAGGUGUCAAGCCUGGCCAACGGCAGCUGAUCUCUCAAGCUUGGGAGAAGCAUGUGGCAGACCGGAAGAAAACUUCAGUGACCAAAGCUCAGAUCAAUGAUGCCUUUGAAACUAUGUGGACGGCAGAAAUGGAAUCCUUCAUGAAUGAGACCUUCCUGGCCAACAUUCAUUUGCCCUCCACGACUCCUGCAGAAGCACAGAAGCGUGGACAUUGCACUGGUCCACCCAUGUCUUUGGAGACAGGCUGGGAUUUUCUGAAUCCAAUGCACCGACGGCAAGCCUUUAGAUGGGUGCGAGAGAACAAGCCUUUUUUUUUGGUUUUGGCAUUUCCUUUCAACUUUUGGACUUUGUUGCUGGGAUUGAAUCCUCCAAAAGAUCCUGAAGCUCACUAUGAGAAAGGCAUUACUCUCCUCCGUUUUGCAUUGCUGCUUGCUCAAGAGCAAAUCAGGCAUGGCCGUCACUACAUUUUGGGGAACCCUGCUGGCUCUAAGGCAUGGAAACUUCAGGAAAUGUUGGAAUGGUUGGAAAAGUUUAAAGCCUUGAUGGUGAAGUUCGAUCAAUGCAGAUUUGGGCUUCGUUGCGGUGCGACUGGACUUUUGCACCAGAAGCCGACAUGUUUGGCCACUUCUUCUCAGGCCGUGAUUUCAAAGUUUGUGAACAAGCGUUGCAUGCGCAACCACUUGCAUGCGCAGGUGAUUGGAGGUAGCAAAGUUACAGCUCCUGCGGGGCGGUACCCUCCUUUGAUGGCACGCGCCAUCGUUCAAGCUUUGGAGGAACAGUUUGAGUUUGAUUUUGGUCGGCAGUUGGCUGACAGUGUGAAUUUUCCAAGCCAUGGAGUUCAAGCUCUGGAAGAUGAACUCGAUGCUGAAGUGGAAGCUGCUGGCGGCAAUGUGCCGCAUCCUCCAGAUGAAGGUGAAGCCGUUAGAUUCUUGGAUGAUGACAGUGGCUCAGAUGUUGCAGUUCCAGAGCAUCCCAAAGCAAGCCUCGCUGUCAUGCAAGCUGUCAAAAGAUUGCAUGAAUCAACCGGACACAGAAGUCCGAAGCGUCUUGCAAGAGCUUUAGCCAUCAGUGGCGCUCCUGUGGAAACAGUAGUUGCAGCAAAAGCCUUGAAAUGUGAUGUUUGUGCUGAACGCCGCAAGGCAAAACCUCCAAAGCCGGCAUCAUUGCCGACACCCAAAGACACCAGUGACCAGGUCUUCAUCGACCUCUUUCAUGUGUAUGAUGCCGCAGACACCAAGUAUGUCAUUGUGCACAUGACUGACUAUACAUCCAGAUAUCAAAUGGCAGGUGUUUUGGAUGGAAAGUCUUCAGCCGAGGUGACGUCUUUCAUCAAGCAGAACUGGCUUCCAUUGAUGGGUCCACCACGUGUUUUGGUUGCUGACCAUGGGUGCGAAUUUGUCUCCCAUGAGUUUGAGACCUUUUGCGCUGGCCUUGGGAUCUAUGUCUAUUUUACUGGCAUUGGUUCUCCAAGAAUGGUGUUGCUGAGCGAUCUGGUGGCGUGCUGA